AUGCCUGGAUCCAUGGUGCGAAUACGAUGCGGGUCCUUUUCAUGGGUUGAUUUUCAAUCGGAGCAUCUAUUUAUUUAUUCACAACGCCGAAUUCCUGUCCCAAUCGCUUUCCACAGGCUUGAUAUCGUUUCUCUUGUGAGCCACUCCGAUCAAGAGCAGAAGAUGGUUAAGGCUCCAAGAAAAUAUGACGACCAGCUCGAAAAUACAUUUCUACUUUUAGUUGAAAGGCUCGAAACAUUUUACUCAAAUGAGAAAAGAUUCACCAGAUUUUCGAUUACCGGCCAUUUCAAUCAUGCAAUGGAUUAUCAUCUGCUUAUAACUCCUAAAGCUUUUUUCAAACCUCGCAAGAUUGAAAUCCAUGAUCAGCUGUUCAAGGAGAACUUCUUCGAUUCAGAGAGCAACGGAAAUCGAAUGGUGACUAGCCGUAAGAACAAGGAAUGGACGUUCAAAAUCAGCGAAGACCAAUCGUAUACCUUUUAUCAAAAGAUCACCGCUCGAAGUGGCUAUAUAGUGUGCGAUAGCAAUGGAAAGGCUGUGGCAAAGUUGAAUGCAAAGAAAAAACCGCUUUCUGGUCACGAUUAUUAUCAAAUUGAAAUCGACCAAAGGCACCCGAUUAUGAAUAUAUUGACUGUUGUCGGACUGCUACUAACGAUAAAGGAAGAAAACGAACUGCAGAGGGCGGCUGGAGGAAUCAAUACUUUCACUCUAGGUGCCGUAGGAAUCAACACCUUCAAUGUGGGACAAAUUUAA